AUGGAAGAUGGUUUUGGUGAAUUACAAGGAGGAUGGGCAUUCUCCGUACCUCAAUCAAUGUGUCGUAGAAUAAUGGGUGAUGGAUGUUGUGUUUUAACAUGUAUUGGAGAAUAUACACCAUUUGAAAUUGCAGUUGGAAUAAAUGGAAUGGUAUGGGUACGAACUCCAAAUGUAUUAAAUGAUGUAAUAGUAGAAAGUUGUAUUGUUCAAUGUCUUGGUGUAGUUGAAAAGAAUGUUCCUGGAACAAUCAAAUUAGUUUGGGAAAGCUGGAAACCAGUAUUAAAUUAA